AUGCCCUCUGUAUUUGCUUAUGAAGCCCCUCUUGUUGACACAGAUUACUCCCGACAGACCUGCAGCGGGAUGUGGGGAGGCCCGUCGGCUUAUAUCAAUGUAACGUUUGACAACUCUUCGCAAGGCCAACUCGCCAUGGUCAUCUACGAAUGGGCGGAUGUGCGAUAUCUUGGCAAAGAGGCCAAACCCGCGACGGAAGAGGAUCUGCCCAGGAUUUAUGUGUGCACCUCGAGCGCAGUCACUGGGGGCUAUUGUACACGUGAACAACUGGGUCUAUUUAUCCUUGAUCUCCCCGCCGGCAAGACUGUCAACGAGACCAGCAUUUGGUCAGCACGCGUCGAGCUCCCAGCUAACAAAACCUCGUCUGUUGGUGGAGAAGCAUCUUCAAAUGGCUUUUGGGACAACCCCGCAGGGAAUCCAACCCCUCCUGCAGACCCUUAUGCUUCUCCGUGGCGCCGAGACGCUUUCUCACUUCCUUCUCUCUCUGCACGCCAAGCCACCCCCAUAAGCUCAUCCGGCACUCUGGAAUAUACAGGUCCUAUCCACUAUCCUGUUCCGAAGACGGGAUUCUACUGUGUCGCCGCAAUCCCUGUCACUGUUCAAUCUAAUCCCACGCGCAGAGCAGACACCGACGUCCCUUACCAUCCUACUUACAAAGGCACUGUUCUCUUCCAAAACACAUUCAAGGGUCAGUUGCCUGCGACGGAUUAUCCCAAAGUCAAUUUCUACUUCCUCAUGUUUAUCGCGUAUGCUACUUUCGGUGCUCUUUGGGCAUGGUUCUGCUACCGUCACAUGCAUGAGUUGUUACCCAUACAAUACUAUUUGUCUGGACUCGUUGGCCUCCUGGUAAUUGAAAUGUUAGCAAACUGGGUGUACUAUCGGUACCUUAACGCCCAUGGCAAAUCUACUGCUUCAACCGUAUUCCUCAUCGUUGUGGCCAUUCUCGACGCUGGUCGCAAUUCGAUGUCGUUCUUCAUGUUACUCGUUGUGUCGCUGGGUUUAAGUGUCGUUCGUGAAUCUCUUGGGAAAGCGAUGUUGAAGUGCCAAGCCCUGGCCGGCGCUCAUUUCCUCUUCGGAAUUCUCUACGCCAUUGGAAUCGUUGAAUUGGAGUUGGAGUCAACAUCAGCCCUUGUGUUGCUUCUCUUUAUAAUCCCUCUUGCUUUUACCCUCAGUGGCUUCCUUCUCUGGAUUAUGUACGCCUUGAAUGCCACGAUUGCACAUUUGCGCUCAAGGAAGCAGCGCUACAAAUUGAAAAUGUUCGAACGCCUUUACUAUAUUCUCCUUUUCACGGUCCUCGUGAUCGCUGCAUUCUUCGUUGUCUCCUCCAUGUCUUUCUCUGGAAGACUCGCUGAAGAUUAUGCUGCAAAAACCUGGCGGCUCCGUUGGUGGCUGUUGGACGGCUGGCUGGCCCUCCUGUACCUUGUCGGCUUCGUCUCGAUUGCGCUCUUAUGGCGUCCUAAUGAAAUUGCCCAGGACGAAGAAGACGCCGAAGACUACGAUCUUGAAGCCAUCCAAAGUCGAAGUCACCUAAGGGAAGAAGAGGACGAUGACGACGACGCUGCAACUCUUGUAGCAGGCAGGCGUGGUAACUCCAACAAUGUCGCCAACGAUGAUGUUGUCUUUGAAAUUGGGGAUGAAGACGAUGAAGACGACGAAGCUGCAAAAAGGCGCAAAGCACAGCGACUAUCGGGAGAAAAUCGCAACCAUAAUCAGGGUCCUGAGGGAGAACGGCUGAUGAGUUGA